UGUAGUCUACUUAUUUCACAUGUCACAGCAUAACUUGUUUAAUGACACCACUGAAAACCACAUUACAACUCACAUUUUUACAGGUACUUAUUUGGCGGCAAUUAGCAGACUCCCCUCAUAAAUGGUACGGUCCCAUCUUAACUUCCCAAACAAAAAUGGCACAUGAGUGUUCAUGAGGUGUGUUGAUAACGAAAACGAAACAACGACGUGUGGCCGACACUGCAAACUGGAAAGCCGUAGCAGCACGACCCGUUAGUUUUCUCAGACAUGGCACUGCAAGUAUCAGCUCGAGUUUCCCGUAUCGGGGCUCUCCCGUACUACACCGGCGGCCCUCUGUCCCGUGUCAGUGCUGACACCCAGAGUGUCGGUGUCAAGUUCAAACAUAUUUUAACUCCUGGAAGCCCCCAGCUGGGAAGGAGGCCAGCAACAAGUACUCCCCGCAGCCAUAUUAACGCUGUCCGCCGAACUGACAAGUUCUCAACGACAACACCACUUUGGCGGUCCAGCCGACGCACCCAUUCCUCCUUACCCCUGAUGAACAGAGGCUGGCUGGGCAAGUUUGCCCUCGGUACCGCCUUUGGAGUGAGCACAGCCGUGCUGGUCCAGUCUCUCCACACCGGAGCUUUCACCGCCAUGGCCCUCAAAAUUAACCUCGACUCUGAUAAGGAAGACUGGAAGAAAACCAAGGACUACCUGCUGUCUCUGAGCGUGGAGGACAGGCGUCAGUACUACUGGACAACUGACUACAAGCCACUGGAUGAGAUCUCAGUGUGGACUCCCACUGCAGGUGGUUCGCAGCCAACUGACUACAAGAGGAAUGAAAAAUUGGACCAGAAGAUUUCCCUUUAUAACGGCGACAUCACCAAGCUUGAGAUAGACGCUAUAGUCAAUGCAGCCAACAACACUCUGCUCGGUGGAGGUGGAGUGGACGGAGCGAUCCACCGCGCUGCUGGUCCCAUGCUAAAAAAGGAGUGUGCUUCGCUCAACGGCUGUAAGACAGGAGAGGCCAAGAUUACCUGCGGCUACCGCCUUCCUGCAAAGUAUGUGAUUCACACAGUGGGGCCGAUUGCACAAGGCGGAGUUGGAGAGGAGGAGAAGAACGCGCUAAGAUCGUGCUACAGAAACAGCCUCGAGACGGCGACCGAAAAUGGUGCUCGUUCUGUGGCUUUCCCUUGCAUCUCAACUGGAAUCUACGGAUAUCCAUCUGAGCGGGCUGUGCACGAGGCGUUAAAAACUGUGAGGGACUACCUCGAUGCACAUCAUGACAAGAGGCCACAGUCAAGAGCAAACUCUAAGAGAGUGGAUUUGUCAGAUUUGGUUGCCGUGGAUACACACCGCUACACUCACAUCCAGAUUCUUUCUCCUCCUCCUCCUCCUCCUCCUGUUUGCCAUUGACGCAGAUCAAGACCAUCUUCAUCAGGAAGAUAAGUUGCAAAUGGGUGAUUGCCUUUUUGAAGUGCUACGGUUCUCCUGCAGAUGUUGUCGGAGGAGGUGGUUUUCUUUUUCUCACUUCUUCCCACUAAUGCUGAGGUUAGGAGCGGUGUUAUGAUGACUGUGUGAAAUGAGGCAGAUAAUUCUUAUGAAAAAUGGACUGCGCGUACUCGUAAGCUUCACUCUACCUGUGAUCAGCGGCAGCUUCGCAUCAGGCUUACGUCCCCCACCCCCCCCUCCUGAUUUCUCUCUUCCCUGUACUACAGCAUUUGAAUAUUAAAAUAUCAGCAUGUGUGCGUGAUUGUGACACACAUGACAAAAGCUUAUUAAAAUGAAUCUGAGCUUUG